CACUGCCAAUCUGUGAUAUUUGAAUUAUAUUUUGAUACCUCUCGCCAUGCAUCUGUUGGAUUUGAGCACUGCCAUCUAAGCUGCACCACCGCCUCAUGUUGCCUGAAUGCUGGGGUUCGACAUGAGUAGAGGAGCAAGAAGCACAAAAGUUUUUCAUAGGAGGGGCAGCGUUGGUGGUUGUGGGGGGGCGGUAGUCCGCAAUGCCCCUCCUCACAGCCGAAAAUGAUGACAUCGAAAGAGAACUUUAUUCCCUUGGCCUGUCCGAUGACAAUCCUCGGUCCCAGCGCCCGAUUGUGCCCGGGAUCUUUCCCGCUUCCCCGGCGCUGUCCAUCGUGUCCGGGUUUUCAUCACUGCCGCCGCAAGAGCCCCGGAGCCACAGCGCUCCGGCUCCUUUGUAUCCGACUCAGUCAAUACAUAGCGGAUUCCACAACGUCUUCCCCAUCCAUGACCCGUCGGCUGUCCAUUAUCCUGGACAUGUUUACCCUCAGGAUUUCUUGACCCUUCCUAAAGACCCAACGCCCUCAACUGCAUCUUAUUUUCUCACACAACUUCCCAUAGCCCAACAGUCGAUACCGCACUACCCACCUCAAUUUCCACUACCUCGAUCUCCCCACUAUGCCCCAGAACUUUGUUACCCUUCGUCUUAUUUUGCAUUUCAACCUGAUAUCCAUCCUCCAAUCCCAAUUGAACCUCUUCCAAUGUCGCACCAGCAACUCGUGGUAGCGAAAAUCGAAGCUGCAUUGCGAAGAUUGCAAAAAGAGCUACAAGAUUCCUAUCUUCUUUUGGACACCCAUGGGUCUCCUCCUCCACCUCAGCCUUCGUCUCCUCACUUACGGGACCCUCCACCAUCGCCUGUUCCGCCGUACGAUAAUUAUAGCCCUCCUGGUCCAUCUAACAGACCGGACAAUGGAAGAAAACACUAUGAUAAAUAUCCUUAUGAUGAUGGUUAUACAGGACCGAAAGAUCCAUACCCUUCUGAAUUUCAAAAUAUCUCUACUCCAAGUGGGUCUUAUGUAGGCGGUAGGCAUCGACGUCAUCCACCACUGCGGAAGCAUAGAUCACAUCCUGAACAAAGGCAGCUCGAUCACUUGGAGGCAACUGCUGUUCCCAUUCCCCAAGUGCAAAUUCAAAUGUGGCCUCAAAUCCAGCAGCAAGGUACUUUAUUGGAGGGUCAGCAACAUCCUACUACAAUUGUGGACGAAAACAACGCUUCUAAUCUAUCCAGGCGACUUGGGUUCAAACCUAUCCGAUACCCAGAUACCACAGCUGCUGAACGAAAAGACACCUCAGAGCUGAAAAAAUCUCAUAGUACCGAGAGAACGUUAGGCAAUAUUGAGUCCGAAACUGAUCGUUCUAGAUCUCAUAGUGAUGAAGUGAAGCGUUCAUCUUCAGAUUCAAAAUCUGAACAGAAAUCGGAAAGUGCAAAGUCGCACCUCACCACAUUCCAGGUUGAAGUAGAAGUUCAAGCUCCUGGAGAUGACAACGUACACAACGUACCCUCGCUUUCUACUCGAUCUGAGUCUACCCAUCAGUUGAGAGCACCAGGCUCUGAACAUGACCAUGGUCCAUCUUCAUCGUCUCUGCCACUUCGACCCCAGUCAAAACACGACCAACCCCAACAGGCUUACUACGACCUGGAGAGCGAUCCCUACCAACAACAUGAUUACAUACAUGUGAGUGAGCCCGCAUUACAAACAACUCGAGUUUCUAUAGAUCCGUUAAGUCGUAAAUUUCAGCACCUCUUGGAUGAAGAUCCCGAGUUUUAUCAAGAUUACCACGAGUAUCAACGGAGUCGUCAUCACAGCUUCCAUCAUCCUCACCGCCACAGACAUCAUCACUAUCACCACCAUCACGCUCAACAUCAACAUCGUCACAUCACCAAACAGAGAAGCGAGGGAGAUGCGGAAGCCGAGAGGCGCAGAAGAUCGACAUCUUCUCUCAGAAGGAGCAAGGUCGCGAGCAGGGACGACAUCGAUAGAGUGAAGCUUCCCCGUAAGUUCCCAGGAGAAGGCGCAGGAGGCACGAUGAUCAAGCGCAUCACCAUUCAGAAGGACCCCAACCCGAUCAUGGGCUUCGGCUUCAGCAUUAAAGGAGGCAGGGAUUUGGGCGUAGGUGUGUUCGUGUCGCGCGUAGAGCCCGACGGCGCGGCGUGGGCUGCUGGCCUGCGCGCUGGCGACCUGCUGCUGGGUGCAGGCCAGGCGGCCUUCAGUGCCCUCACACAUCGACCUACAAGCUCCUCGCCAGGAUGUCUCGAGAUCCAGAUCCUGAAAAACUCGUCGGAGGUGACGCUGACGGUGGCUAUGACGUCACAGUUGGUGCCCAGCACUCGCGCUCAGUAUGAAGCUCUCGUGACGUCAUCAAGCACUGGGGCUGCAUCAGACCCCUCGCAUCUCACCGACCCUCGCAGCCCAGCAGACCCCUCGCAUCUCACCGACCCUCGCAGCCCAGCUGGCGCCGACUCGGUCACUCACUUGCCUGACUUGGGCCUCUUCUUGGCAGACCAAGACAUCCCGACGUCCGACUUGCAGUCAUCUCAUCCGACAACUUUCGGAGACCAGAAUUCGACCUCUGCCUUCGUUGCCAAAACUUCCUCAAACGAUCCUUCAGCACGAGUUGGGAGCUCUCAAGCUGUGUCCUCAUCCUCAAGUGUCCCUACGCCAGCAGGGAUCGAGAGCAGUGCCACUCGUGACACAGACCUGGUCGUGUCCACUGCAUCAUGCGCAGCAUCGUCGCGUCCAUCGUCUGAUCCUCGCGGUGCCACUAGGUCUCCAGGCGCCUCAUUUGACCGGAGCCCUGACCCGGCUACCUCGCGCGGCUCCGAUUUCGAGGUGAGGGGAAGUGGCCGCAAGCCAAGUUCGUCAAGUCACAUGAUCGGGGCCAGCGAUAUGGACGAUCCUGCGCUGAUGUGUAGUGGCGGAGGCGCCGCCAGUGACCAGCGAGCGGCUGCCUCUGGCAGCGAUGUCGUCGUCCUUGCCCAGAGAUAUUCCUGGGUUGAACCUUGCGGGCGCCCCACUUCCCCGCCCGCCGAUUUCAAUCCCAGGCUUCAUGGCCAUCAAGUUGUUGAGGUUAUGUGCUCGGUGGCCCCAGACGAGUCUCUUGGGCUUAUGAUCAGAGGCGGCGUGGAGUACGGCCUCGGUAUCUACAUUACCGGCGUCGACGUCGGGUCUGCCGCCGACAGAUGCGGCAUCAAGGUUGGGGACCAAGUGCUGGAGGUAAACAAAGAAUGCUUCCUGUCAGUGACACACGACACUGCUGUGUCAGCACUCAAGUACUCUCGAAGCUUGCGCCUCAAACUCAGAAGAGUCGGCAAGCUACCGAGGUCCUGCACCGUGUUUAGCAGACGACCGUUCCAUCAAAAAGAAAGCGCCAGCGUGUCGGCGGAGUCAAUGGAGGCGACGCUGGCGAUGAUCCACGAGAAGAGCGAGCGCGUGUUGGCGCCGCUGCCUCACCGCGCGCUGCUCAGAGUCGUGGCAGACUACGCUGCUGGCCGCACCCCCAUAGACAGGCUGCUCGAUGUGGCCCUCCAGCUCCUCGAUACUGAGUCCAAGCGCGGCUUGCUGACGGAACUGCGGGAAGUUGUACGAAGAGAAGACCAAGGAAAGUUUGAUGCCCUCAUGUACCCUUCGUACCCUCACUUGUCGGAUGAGGGCCUCCUAGCUAGACAGUGUCCUCGCCCAUCGAGUGUGACCAGACGGAAUGGUCGGAGGAGGAGGCGAAAGAAAGGAGAAGACGAGGAUCAGGAGGACGAUGGCCUCGAUGCCGAGACGAAGGAACCUCAAUACUCGAGGACCGAAGGUCGCUCUGGCAGUCCUAUGAGGUACAGCCGCAAAAUUCUUGGUGCUGCGGUGGAUACUCAGGCCGAGCAUUUGCUGGAAGACCCGAGGAUAGAGGGUUGCGUGAGGGAGCUGUCGGUUAUCGAGAGGGACGCGAUGAGCAAAGAUGCCGAGGUUACGAAAACGAGGACCUCGGGCUUGUGUACAAACCGAGACGUGAUCGCCGUCAGGGAUGCGGAGGGUCUCCAGCAAAGUUGUCGUAUGACCUCUGGUCGCCAAUGCGAUUCGAAGUUAAAUGUUCGCCCCCUAGAAGAACGCGAUGUUCAUCUCUCACAUUUCCUGAAGAGUCCUUUCGACGAGAGGAAGAAUAUUCAAGAGAAACAAGAAACUUCGACGUACGAGAGACAGUUCAAGACAUCGACCCAUCAUCAGGAUACUCGAGGUAUCCUGGCCAGUUCAGGAAUGAAUGCGACGACCACUACGUCGACCAUUACAAGUCAGCUGAAGGCGGCCAUGGGCACCAGCAACACCCCCAUCAGUUCAACAGCUUACCUUAUCCCGUCUGUGCAAGAGAAGAGAGAGCACAGGACGGACGGCGCAGUCAAAGAUAUCGAAAUGACGGAGAUGAAGUCGCCUUCCGCUCACUUCCUCGCAAAUUCAAAUCAAGCUCUCAUCUCGCAUGUGAAAGAUAUUCUGUCCCCGACGCAGAAUUUCUCCCAGACGACCACCGAGUCAACACAGUUCAGUACCCAGACACAAUACCACCUCCGCCAGGCUUCAGAUCUUCACCCGAAGAAUUUCAGUCGCCUAGUGCAGAAUUCAGUCCCGAAGACACAAGACCGAGAACUUUCGAUUCAACGUGGCCGAUCUAUCCCUCGAAAAGAUCGCGAUCGCAGCCUCGACCAAGAACGAAUACCUCUGUUCCCGCAAAACACACGAGAUCAAAGUCUUCACAGCCUCGACCGGUACCCGAGCAACAGCUUGGCCACGAGCAGCGUCGAUAUGAUAACUACAACCAAGACUUUCCCCAGCGAUCCGCAUCUUCACCUUCACCAAUCUUCAUAUCCUCAUCACCUCCCCAGCAGAGAGGCAAUCGCUCGAUUCCUGCAGAAAGCGUCAACAGAUUCUCAUCGCAAUAUUUUUCGCGAUCUCUCCCUUCAGUCCGCGCCUCUCAAUGUAACUCAUUUCAUUCGAGCAGACAACCAGAAUUUCCUCUUCAACGAGGACCACUCGGACACCACUCUUUUGACCAAACACGGAGAUCUGGAUCCCCGACACGAGGAUUUCAGAGCAGCUCUAAACCGAUUACGCACUUCGAUCGAUCUCGGGUCAACGUCCGUGAAAGAUCGUCAGACUUUCAUCCCACACUAUUCCACACUCAGCCUGAAUCAAUCACUUCAAGAUCUGAGACUAGACAACAAGUUAUUAGGCAGCCACCGUGGGUAUAAAUUCCAACCUAGAAGUCACAUGUCGAGAUCAAUCAGCAGGCUAUUUCCCAGGACGGGGUUAGGAGAAUAUUUAUCUUGUGAACAAUUGCUGAGCAGCGUUAGUAAGGAAGAAAUUGACGAAGACUUAUUAUCUCUGUAUUACUUAGAAAACCUAGCUAAAGAAGAAGAAGAAGAAGAAGCCGUCAAUCGUUCAUCGGAAGGUGAAGAUUAUGAAGGUGAUUUAGGCGAUACAGCCGAAAAGUGGUUUAGUAUUGAUGACUGUUGUUAUUCAAGCACAGAAGAGCUUCUGAGAAGAGGUUACUAUAGACAAGACGCACCCAGGAUGAUCAGACGUAUAAUGGGACAGAAAUUUGGUCUUGGUAAUCUUAGAGGAGCCAUUGCUGACACCGACAUAGGCAGAAUUAUAGACAAGCACACGCAAAGCUACGAGGAUGAAUACAGGCGGAGAAUAGACAAAGAUCGCGUGAUAGAUCAAAAGAUACGAAGAUUGGAGGAAGAUAUCAGGAAGGCAGAUGAGCUGCACCGACUGAGGACCGAGAAAAGUGAUUUCUCGGAGAGUCAGUUGCUGCUGGAUGAAACUGAAGCUGAUCGACUCGACCCACGGGCAGCAGAAACUGAGGUCGGUCACGAGGGUAGAAGCAGAACCCAGAGCUUCUCCUGUAAGGAGCUGAGCAGCGUCAACCCUUGCCGCUGCUCCUCUCUUACCAGGACUCGAAGAUCGGAGCAUGGCGAGGAACUGCUAGCCCCUGCCUCCACGGCAGCCGCCGCUCGACUGCUGGAGCCAACCUCAGUCGCACCGGCGGUCACCCACACAUGCCGCCCCAGGAGGACGUCGCUAGUACUAAGCGACAAACAAGGACGGUUCCGUGUGGUGGUUGCCAAAUCGCGCCCUAACCUGGGCAUCGCCAUAGAGGGCGGCGCUGACACCAAGCAGAGCAUCCCGCGCGUCAUCAACAUCGCCGGCAACGGCGCCGUGUUCGAGGCGGGCGGCAUCAGAGUCGGCCAACUCAUACUUGCCGUCGAUGACCAGAAUUUGGAAGGGAAGUCGCACGAGGAGGCGGCUAGACUGAUUUCUUCGUGCUGGCUUAGCCGCUCCAGACCAGAGAUGGAAUUUCUGAUGAUGGAUCGCAAGCCUUCACCAUCCGACCUUAGAAAAUCAUCCGCGCCAAUCAUUCAGAGCUAAUCCAAUUGUCGGAUUUAUUCAGCAACGUCCUUCGAGAAAAUCCUUGCACAAAUCAAUGGUUACUACCAUAAAUCCAAUCUACCCGACAAGUUCAUCCAUCAAGCACAAACAUUCCUAGAACAAGUCAGAGAAAAUUCAUCAUUUACCGAGCAUGUGAUGGAGUAGUUUGGCGAUUACCGUCAGAUUCAUGUCCACUGGCGUCCCAGAAUAAUGCACUAAAUUUGAGUGCGUUCGUUGACAACCUAUAAAUGGUACGCAUCAAGAUCAUAUGACGAAUUGAACGCCCGACUGUGAGUGCUACGUAGGGAAAUAUGCAUCGACGAAACACAAUGAAGGAGUAUGAAUUACAGUGAACGUGAACAAUAUCUGAACAUUGAUAAUGUAAAAAAAGGACUGCUGCAAGCGAACUUUCCCAUACAAAUAGUGAUGAUUUUUGUGUUUAAGACGCUUCGACCCAGAUGAUUAAAAUGAAUAUUACUUUAUAUCACAAAAAAUGGUCAAGUUUUGAGUCGGGCAAAACUGAUCUCGUCGAAGCACACGGAGCGAAACUGUGGCCUUAGGUUUUUUUCGACGCAAACGUGUCACAGUUGAUAGCAAAGAAGAGAUUCAGGUUGGAAAGUGAAACUGAACUUAGAGUAGUUCCCCACACAUGUUAAAACAUUUUUUCGGAGAGAAGAAAAAAACUUAUGACGAUGCUGAAAUAAUCAAUUGAUGAAGAAUAAAGUCGUUGAACACGAAAAGGUCUUAAUAAAAUAGAACUGCAGCCGCAGCCCACAAAAAAGAACUUGAACCACUGCCGUUUACGGGGAGCAGAGUUCCUGAGCGAAUUUAGCCAAAUUUUCAUGGUGCAUAAAAAUUGCCUGAUUCAAUUUUGUAUCAAAUGAGUUUUAAUUGAAAUGUAGCUAGUCGAAAAGUUCGACGAACUAAAUAACGCAUGAACUCACGUAAUAAAUAAUAGUUUCAUUACUUAGGAUAAAUACCGUGAUCGGGACACAUUAAGUGUUGUAGGUUUUUAUGUUAGUAUGAAGAUAGUUUUAUAACUUCAAGCGCACACAAAUACACUUAGGUUCUGAGUGUGAGAUGGCCAAAUAGUGCUCGGUGGAAAUAAACCGAGUCUGAGACAAUAUUGCGCCAAAAAUAUUUCCUUAACUUGUUAGGUGAAUAACGGAUACUUAGUAAUUGACCACGCUACUGUGGAAGCAUGAUCGUUAUCUGCGCUGGAAAUAGGUAUUUUAUCUUCUCUAAAUGGUUGUACGAAGUUCUGCUGCUGCUGAUAUUUGCUGCUGCUAUAAUUGAGGCUCAAGACGUGGUCAAGUCGACCAUUUGACUCUCAGUGUCCAGAGAUUUGAGGUUGCUGAGAACAAAGAGAAGGUAGGAAAAAUGAACUGGUUUGUCGGUGUGCAAACAGUGAAUCCGUAGGCAAUUGUAAAAUAUGUCUGCACUGAUUUCCAAAAAGUUUCACUCACAAACAGCAAAAUGGCAGUGAAAGUGUUGAAUGAUGAGAUGCAAACACUUUGCAUUCCUAAACUAAUUCUGAAAAUACUAUUAGUAAAUUAGUGGAGAGAUGGAUGGUGAACUUGACCACGUCUAAGAGCUUGAACUCGUCGCAUUGCACGCGCCUUUUCGCUUCUCGUUCGCACUCUAUGUGGUUAAACUGGAAAGCAUUAACCCUUUCACACGCAACGAUCCCGGUCGUGAUAUUCGCUCUUCUGUAACACAACAACUUCUUUAGAAAACAAAAUAUGCCCGCUUCUAUUAAUCACAAACUUUACAGGCAAAUACCAGCGUAAUGUUAAUCCCGAAAUAGCAGCAGCGUAAAUCAAAUGUUUGACUAGGUAUCUAUAAUUCUGGGCGCUGAAGGUAAAAUGUAUAAUAUGAAACGGAGGUUUUCGAAAAAAGUACAGCGCUGAACGUCGCUGUGGCAUUUCUUCCGAUUUAUUGAUAAUAAUUGGCUAAUGAGUAACAUGAUAUUCCUGAAUCAAUGGUAAUAUAGCAGGCCACUUAGUUGAAGAGAAUUCAUAAAUAUUGCAUCAGCUUAUAUGAGAUCACGAAGUUGGCGUCAAGCAUGUACAGUGGUUUCCACUACAGUGCGAAUUAAAUUAGGAAAUUCGGAUUAUUUGAGAAAAAAGCGGACGAAUACAUUAAGCUCAAAUUUUACAUCAAGCUUUCCAUUGCGAAUUGAAUAACUUGAGUGUCGGAAUAUUAGAAAGCAAUACCGGCUGCAUGAACUUCUUAGGGCCUCUAUAUAACUUCGCAUAGUAUAAAUUCGGACGUAAGCAUUAAUCACCUCAAUUGAUCGAGUAUAGAGAUGAACUAUUUACCUGAGGAUCACAAAUUGACGAUCAAGAAAAGGAUCGUUACAAGAAGCUGUGCUAAAUCCUGAAUAUGAUCAUCGAGUGAUGAUAAUGACGACGAAAUGAUCAGCGCCUUAUUUACACUGUAGCAAACAAUGUUUCUUUAUUACGUCUAGUUGAAUAGAUAACAAGUUGGCAUUGUUUUUAGUGAAGACUAUCUGGCACCUCAUUCCUAUAUUUCUAGUUCUCAAAGCGAUCACUUCUAGCGAGAUAUUUUCCUAAUGUUUUCUACACGUCAGAGGCAGUAUUUUUUACAUAGACUAGAAUAAUCUUUCACACCAAGAUGUCGACACAAGGGUUCCCAAUAUUACAUUAAAUUCAUUGACUUAGAAAUGAAUGAAUUAAGAAGGAGUUCGAACAAAAGGACCGAACUUUAUAACUUAACCUUCUUUAGUGUUAUUGAUAUAAUUUCCGUAGGAAGGAUAAAGAAAUGCAGGUAGUUGUUCCCAUUGUCAGGAUGUCAUGGAUCAAGAAGACGUGGUACAUCGUGGGACUAAUAAAUUCACAAGUAAAAGUUAAUGAAUAAUAAUUCACAGUUAAACAAAAGUGUUGGUGUGUUUCGCGUAACAAAACAAAUUGGCAGUGAUGACAGAGGUUAUUGAUAUGGUUAGAAUAAGUUGCAUGGACUUUGAUCAAUGUCAAAAACUGAUAAUUUGUGAUAUUAAUUUCAUUUAUUGCUUCUUGAAUUAUAACGAUAUUUUAGAGAAAAAUCGACUCCAAGAAUUUCUUAAACCAUCAAUACAACUAAUAAUCAAAUAAUAUAGUUGACGAUUGCAGUUAUAAUUAAAUUUCAGAUUUAAGGCCCUUCUAUCAGGUGAAGUUUAUUAUCUAAUUAUAUUAUUAUUAGUUCAUUAUCAAGAGUCGGUCAUAACGCGUUAAUUUUACUUCAGACUAUCAUUCUAGGUUUUCAUUAGCUAAGGAGUUUUCAGCCAUUUUCAAACUAAAAAAUUGUGUGGUAUCAUCUUAAUUCAAUACACAAUGAGAAGGAAUUUUUUUACGGAGAAGAUGGUAAACUCUUUUUUUUUCAUAAUGCAGAGUCGAUUUUAGGGAAAAAAAUGAAUAUGCUAGUCAUAUACGCCUCUUAAUGGGAACGGAAUGUAAUUUUAUAACGUAAAACAAUUUGUUUUCAUUAUUAUUUGAGAAAUGGAGAACUGCUUACCUUGUCUCUGCGCCAUCAGCUCGUGAGUCAAGCCUGAAAAAUAAUUGAAUACUUUCAAUCAAAAUAAUUCAAACACAGGAGUAAUUUUUUAGCAUGAUAAAAUGAAUUCCGAGUAUCAAAACGAAUAAGUUCAACCUUCCGGUACUCGAUUCCAAAUCUAAAAGGAAUAGGUUCAACCUUCCCGCUCCUGUCUCAUAAUUUAGAAGGAAUAGGUUUAACCUUCCCGCUCCUGUCUCAUAAUUUAGAAGGAAUAGGUUUAACCUCCCUUCUCCUGUCUCAUAAUUUAGAAGGAAUAGGUUUAACCUCCCUUCUCCUGUCUCAUAAUUCAGAGGUCAAAUGAGAUAGGGUGCAUUAACCAUGUCUUGAAGCUAUAUUAUCACAGAUAUUUUAUCAGAUCUUGUAUUGAUGUUAGGAACUAAAGCCUGUUGUGCAAUACACAAUAAUAUCGGGAAACAUCUUCACUGGUAGAAAUUCAGUUUAGAUUUCAGAAGGAUAUUGUUACUGUUUCAUAAAAAAUCUGAUGAAAUUAUGAUGUCAUGACAACAUUGAAAUUCCUAUAUUUCACUUAUGAAAUUACAACAUAGUGUAGUAGAUGAAAUUACAGUACUAAUCUAAUGAAAAUUUAAACAUAGGAUCAGAAAUAGGUACGAAAAGCAAUCGAGUUUACCAAACAAAUAAAAAUGAAUUCUUGCUCAUAAAUUUCAAGGGAAUAAUGAAAAUCUGAUUGAAUGAAUAGAAAAUUAUUUUGAAAACGUAGUAAUAAUCUUUUGAUUUUAAGAAAUAGUUCACUUAUGUUUUGAUAUCCCCAAAUUACCGCGGAUUAACAGCCAACGUUAAUAAAUAGCAAUUAAAGCAAAACUCCUUCGUACAAACCUAACUGCUAUUUCAAUACGAAACAAUUUAUUUUCCCCAGCCAAACACAAUCCGGAAAAAGAAUGCGAAAUGGAGAGAUGACUUGAUGAGACUGACGCUUAGACGCAUUUAAGAGCAACAUUGACACGUGUCUUAAUAGUUACUAACACGCAUUCCCAGUGAAAAUUUAGACGCGGCAGCUUCUGAUAUGGAUUACCAGAAGCUGGGGCGACUCUAAAUUUUGUUAGGGUUAUUACCUAUGCCUAUACGUGGGGUAUAUCGUUAUACCCGCGCCAAAAGUGCGUAAGAAAUGUAGCUUACCUGCUGUAUAACACCGUCUUGUUGAUUAUUGUAUAGCCUAAUAUAAAUUUGUACGUUAUUACUUAUACAAAGCGAAGUAUAUCAAGAAUAAUAGAGGCAGGGUUUUUGGUCCCUGACACGACUUAUUGCUGUUGUUGUUGCUGUGAGAACGAUUAUCUUGCCAGUAAAGGCGUU